AUGGAGCUCGACGAGUACAUGCAGCUCACGAAGCGGGCUCUCACCGUGCAGGACAUCACCAAGAAACACUUCUCCUACCGCCUCAGCCAGCCAUCGCCCAGCGAGCUCCACUUGACGUGGCGCAUCAAGCUCGGCCAAGAGUCAUCACAAGUUGGCUUCUCGGUCAAAGGCACGCUGCCGCUCACGCUAAUGAAGGACGGUCGCGGCAUGGUGCAGCAGUGCCUCGACAGCCUCAUUGAUCGACAGACCGUACUCGAGAGGAGUAACAAGGAGCUGCGCACACAGAACGAGGCCCUGUUCACUCAGAGGGACAGCGCCCUGGCCCAGCUCAACGUGCUGGUUGAAGAAAAGAAGGCCAUGGAGUCGGACCUCUACAACAAGAUCCUCAACGAAAAGAAAAAGAAGAUCCGCGAGCUGAAGCGACAAGGCAAGGCCUUUCCCCGACGAAGCGGGGUGGUCAGCUUGAGCGACGAGGAGGACUCGCGGUGGCCGCCAUCAACUGCCGGAUCAACACGCAACGCCAACACCGCUCAAGAGCGCAGGACUUCCGGACCAGAGGACGACGCGGAUGAGGAAACAUCACACAAAGGCACUCCACUUCGCAAGAAGGCCUUCCUGGACGAUGCUCUUAUAUUGACCUCAAUGACCACCACGCAGAGCGCGAGGGUGGGAGACGCAGCACAGCAGAACGCAGCGGCAUCCACGUCGUUCAAGGAGAAGCUGAUGGCCCAGCACUCGCCGCUCGUGGGCAGCAGGAAGCGACCCAACAGCAGCAACAACGAUGGCGAUGGCGACGACGGCGUGGACCAGAUGCAGGCCCGGUUCGCGAAGCCCGUGGCCAAGAAGGUGCGGCUCGGUGAUGGCCAGCCGGGCUCGCCGCGCAAGCCCCAGCAGGCUCCCCUGAGUAGUGCUGCGGCGCGUGCGGCCAAGCGGCGAUCGGUGAGCGCUGAGGAUUUGCUGGACAUGUGCCAGUAG